ACUUUGAUUGGAACAGCCAUUCAAAAUAAUUUCAAUGAUUAUGUUGUGAAGUGGAGUGCCUUGUUGGACAACGAGAACUCAUAUAUUGAACCAAUGGUGGAUGACUUUCAGUUUUAUAGAAAGACCAAGUUGGGUACUUGUGUUGUAGUUGGUGGUUGUGGUUAUUUGGGUCAAAGGUUAUUGAACCAAUUGUGUAAAUUGAGACAACUGGAAUUAGUGGCUGGAAUCAUAGUAGUAGACGUCCAACUAUUGUCCGAGAGUGAGAAAAGAAGAUAUGAUGGAGUGGAGUUUUUACACUGUGCUGCUGGUACAGGUCAACUUAAGAAUUGGGGUGAUGAGUUCUGGAGAAAGUUAUUUGGAGGAACAAUAUUCUUUGUAGCAGCUUGUGCCUCUACUGAACUCCAUUUUGCAAGAGCGUAUAGGACGAAUGUUCAAGGAGUGGAAGAGUUGCUAUGCAUUGCACGGUUAUAUGGUGCUAGGGCCUUUGUUCUUACCAGUACACAUAAUGUUGUAUUUAAUGGUACUCGUGAAAUAGUGAAUGAAGACGAGUCUACUCCCAUUGUCCACCAAUUUAUGGAUAUUUAUACACAAACCAAGGCAGAGUCGGAAAGAUUGACAUUGGGAUGGAAUGGUGUCAAUCAACUACACACUUGUGCCUUACGUCCUGGAGGUAUUUAUGGUCCAGGAGAAAAAGUACAUUUUGAAAGAAUUCGAAAGUUGGCUAAACUCGGACUCCUUUAUUUUUUGAUUUCUCCCGUUCCCGAGAAGAAUAUGGUAAGUAAUUCCACGAAAUCUGAGUUUUGUGUCGAAUCAUAUUGUUUGGAGGACUUUGUUCACGUGGAUAAUUUGGUGGAUGCACAUAUUUUGGCAGCGCAACGGUUACAUGAAGAAGCCAUCGAUCCAAAUGUUCUUAAAACGACUAGCGGAAAUGCCUUUUUUAUUUCCGAAAACGAUCCCCAGUGUUUACAAACUUUUUAUAUUCCUGCCUUAUUGGCUUCAGGUAUUUCACCUCCACUAUUUACUUUGUAUAUACCAAGAAAAUGGGUAUAUCCUUUUGCUGUAUGCACUCAAUGGAUAGCAAAAUGGUUGAAUAAGAAGCCUAUUUUGAUGCCCAUGGAGUUGAAAAAGUCCACCAUGAUUCAUACUUUUACAAGUGAAAAGGCAAACAAGGCAUUUGGAUAUAUUCCAAGAAAGUCGAUUCAAGCUGGUGUUGAAGAAUGGUGUCGAUAUGAACAACGUCGUUCUCGAAUGAAUGAGAAGAGUAGGUUGGGCUCCAUACUUAUAUUAGUUUUGAUAGGGUUAGUUUUGUGGAUCUCAUUUGUUUUGUAUCGAAAAUGAAGACCAAAAUGAUUACUUGGA